CCCGACCCCGCAGUCGCGGGACGCAAGCGCCAAGCUCUGGGGGACGAAGAUGACAGCGAGCGCCCGCUCACCCUCUCCACACUCUUGGAAGCCCUCAAGGAGAACCGGGAGGAGAUCGUGGCUAAGGAAGGGGGCGACCCCUCCCGCAUCGAGGUCGAGUACGGGACUGCAAACUUGUGGUACAACAGCGUGAAGCUGGCCUCGGGGGUGACCUCGGCACCAAGUGGCGCCUCAGUCGAGAAAGCUGGUUGGGUGCACCUCGGGAACCUGACGCGGCAAAUCGGGGGAUCCGAAGAUGCAGUGACCACGCGGUGGGGUGACCUCCGCAAAGCGCUGAUGUGA